AUGGCCCUGGAGAUUAUUGGCAAUGUCAACAGCUGUAGGCUCCCCUUGGAGGCAGUUGUAGCCAUGUUCAAAAUCACAAACCAAAAUGAUCCUCAGGAGUGUUUCAUAGCUAAGAGGCUGGUUCAGACAGGUCCUUUUGAGCAGUCUUCAAUGAUUUGUAGUAAUCUGUGCAAAUAUUUUUCUUUCUUUCACUUCUCUUUGGACUUGUUUUUAGGGUCUCAUGACUCAUUUAGCUUCUACAUCGACGAAGCCUCUCCAGUUGGGCCCGAACAGCCAGAGACGGUCCAGAAUUUUGUGUCUGUUUUUGGGACUGUGGCUAAAAAGCUGAUGAGGAAGUGGUUGGCUACACAGACCAUGAACUUCACCAGCCAACUGGGGGCAGGUAUACGGUAUUUUGAUCUUAGAAUUUCCACCAAGCCCAGAGACCCAGACAAUGAACUCUACUUUGCUCAUGGUUUAUUCAGUGCCAAGGUCAAGGAGGGUCUGGAAGAGAUCAAUGCGUUUCUUGCUGACCACCCUAAAGAAGUGGUCUUCUUGGACUUCAAUCACUUCUACGGGAUGCAGAAGUACCAUCAUGAAAAGCUUGUCCAAAUGCUCAAAGACACGUAUGGAAACAAAAUGUGUCCUGCCAUAUUUGCCCAUGAAGUCAGCCUCCAGUACCUGUGGGAAAAAGAACACCAAGUGCUGGUGUUCUACCACAGUCCAGUGGCUCUUGAGGUACCAUUCCUUUGGCCAGGUCAGAUGAUGCCAGCUCCUUGGGCAAACACAACAGAUCCGGAAAAACUGAUUCAAUUCCUCCAGGCAUCAAUCACUGAAAGAAGAAAGAAGGGCUCCUUUUUUAUAUCUCAAGUAGUGCUGACGCCAAAGGCUAGUACAGUGGUGAAAGGGGUUGCUAGUGGUCUCAGAGAAACAAUCACAGAAAGGUAA